CCUCGCUCGCGCUCGGUUCGUGCAUUUUCGUCGGUUGUUCCCGUGUUCCGCGCAUUUCUCGUGUCCGCGUUUCAUUGUGAAGUGUGGCAGCAAUUCCACCUCCUCGAAACGAAUUGAAUUGUUGUUUGGGGCUUUCCGGUUCGCGCAACAGCAGCACUGACAGCCCGUGAAAAUGCCUAGUCUGGUGUUGUUUUCGUUGCGAAUCCCACGACUGUCUGCCCUGCAGACCAGAGCCGUCCGGUUGCAGCUCAAGAUGCGAUUGGUGUGAAAAACGCCCCAGGCGAGGGCCGUGCAAACUCGCGAAUGUCGUCUCGGUCGGGUGUGUGAUGUAUGCAAACAGUUGAUCGAGCAACUGUCAAAGUAACAGAGAAAGAGAGAGAGAUAGAGAGAUUUGGUGACAACCGUCGCCGCCGUCAACAGCACGGAAUAAAGGAGGGCUUGUUCUUGUUCGUAAACAACCGGAAAAUGUCAAUGACUGUUGAACGCGGUUCCACCAUCAAAGAGGGAACCGAACCAAACGUGGAAAGUGGAAACAAAGCAAGCGGCGUCAUCCGUGCCAGUGUCGCAAUUUGGAAGAAGGGUUAGCCCUGCACAGAAAUCCGCCUGCUGAGCUAAAUCCAAAAUUAAAACCAGUGUCAGUUAAAAAGGAAAAAAUGAAAAUGUGUGAAACGCAAAACAAUAGAGGAUUUAGUCGGAGUGGAUGACGUGUGAAGAAAAUACUUUCGCAUAGCCCAGUGUUGAGGGAGGUCAGCAGAAAAAAAAGUAGCGGAAGUGAGUGAAGAAAAAAAAAUACGAACACUAAAAUGAAUCUCGUCGGCUCCUGUCCAGUGCUAGACGGAUCACAAAUAAAACCGGGUCCUGCUGGCAGGUGCAGCACCAGUCAACAAUGUCGAUCCAGCACCAGCAACAGCAGCAACGGGUUGUUUUUGUGGCUGUUGUCGUCAUUAUUUCCUACGAGGAUUUUAGCGUUCCAACAGAGUUGCAGCAGCAGCAGCAGCAGUGUGUGAAAGGUGAACCGGUGGUGAAGUGGGGGAAGUCAAUUCAUAGAGUAAUCACCAUCAGAAGAGGCGGAAAGGAAAGGUGCACAGUGAGACGAUACAAUGAAUUCCGGUGCGCGCCGGAUUACGGUUGUUCGUGGUCGUCGUCGCUACCGAGUCAGUUCGAACGCGACCGGCGGCGGAUUGCUGCUGGUUCCGGUGUUGGUUCUGCUAUUGCUGCUUGAUCCUCGUUUACCCGGAACACCAGCAGGAGUGGCGGUAGAUGCCACCAGGAUGUUCGAUAUCGAAAACAUCCCGACGGUGAAGCAGGUGGCCGUGGCGGGUACAAACGUUACCCUGGCUUGCCCGGGGGUCAGCGAACAUUCACUAGUCGACAGGCUGGUCUGGCGGACGACGCGAAUCGUCGCCGAGUACACGAACGGGCAACCGUUGCCGUCGCCGGCGGUCAGCAAUCAAAGGACUACGCUGCUACCUGAUAAUUUUAGUCUCCACUUCGGUCCGGCCUUUGCGACCGAUACAGCCGAGUACAGUUGCCUUGUGAACGACCGGCACAACCCGGAAGCCCUGGUGGACCUGCUGGUGCAAGAUGUUCCCGAUCCACCCGGGCGCCCGAUGGUCAUCAGUUUCACCUCCCGGUCGGUGGAUCUGUCCUGGGCUUACUCGCAGGAUGCACGAACUACGCCAAUCACCAAUUUUAUUAUCGAAACAAGAAUUGGCGAGAACGGUGCGUGGGAUCAGGUGGACCCCAUCCACACCCAGAGUGGGAAAGGCUCUUACCAGAUAACCGAGUUGGAACCGUUUACCGUGUACAGCUUCCGAGUGAUCGCGGUUAACCAGCUCGGCCGCAGCCCCCCGUCCAAGGAAUCGUACUACUUCGUGACGCUACGAGAAGCCCCGACCGGCAAACCGGUAACGACGAUCGCCCAUAACACGUCUGCCACCUCGCUGUACAUUUCGUGGAAACCACCGCCACCGGAAACGAUACUGGGGGAAUUUCUCGGCUACCGGAUAACCUACCGUAUGCGCGACAAAAGCAGCCCGAUGGAGGACGAUGCCAAGGAGAUCUACAUUCGCGACAGCACCGUCGAGAGCCAUGAAAUCCAUAACCUUGAAACCUACACCCAGUAUCUGGUAUCGAUACAGGUGUUCAACCCGGAAGGACUGGGACCGCCAACCACGGUGCUGGUAAUGACCGACGAGGGUGUUCCCAGUAAACCGUUGAAUUUGAGCGUUCUGGAGAUCACCUCGACGACCAUCAAAAUUACUUGGCGCGAACCGGAAAAGUCCAACGGAGCUAUCCACGGUUAUCGGGUUUACUACGUCCACCAGAACCAGACACUGCUUCAUCUACCGAUACUGAAGUCGGACGCCGCCGUGAACUCGGUCUACACGUACACGCUUGCAAAUUUGAAACCCUACAGUGAUUAUAAAAUCAUCGUAGCAGCAUUCACCAAGAAAAACGACGGUGAUCCAUCGGAGGUUUCAACACGGACGGACAUUAGCGGCCCCAGUGCCCCGAAAGUGGUCAAUCUGACAUGUCACAACCAGGACGCCCUGUUCUUCGGCUGGCGAAUCCCGCAAACCUACUACAAUACCAUCGAUUACUACAUCAUCAGCUACCGGAAUGUUGUGUUUGCGGAUUUCCGAGAGAUUCGCAUCUCAGCGAAUGCCUCCAUCGUGGAGACUUCGAUGAUCAUCCCGAACCUAACCACCAAUAUGGUGUACGAGGUGAAAGUCCGGGCGGCCUCCACCAGUGUCAUCAACCCGAAGCAGAUCAUUCUCGGGUCCUACUCGGAACCUAGAAAAAUUUCCCUCCAACCGAACUGCGAGAAAAUCCCACCGCCAUCCCAGCGACAAUCUUACGACGACUACAAUCUGGCCGUCUUGGCCGGAAUCGUGUUCAGCUGUUUUGGACUGUUACUGAUCGUGAUGGCUUUUCUGCUGUGGAAAAAAUGUUUCCACGCGGCCUACUACUAUCUGGACGACCCGCCGACAUCGCAGAGUAGCAACACGGCCGGUCUGGUCGAUUGGGAAGCACCGUGCGAAGUAGGCGGUGAGGUGCGCGGUUCCGUUCCGGUGUCGGAGUUUGCCAAGCACGUCGCGUCUCUGCACGUCGACGGUGACAUCGGAUUCAGCAAGGAGUACGAAGCCAUCCAGGGGGAAGCCCUGAACGAUGAGUACCCGUCGGAACACUCGCAGCACCCGGACAACAAGGGGAAGAACCGUUACCUGAAUGUGAUUGCUUAUGAUCACAGUCGUGUACAUCUGAGGCAGGUUCCCGGCCAGAAGAAACACUUGGACUACAUCAAUGCCAACUUUAUCGACGGUUAUCAGAAGUCGCGUGCCUUCAUCGGAACGCAAGGGCCGUUGCCUGGUACGUUUGACUGUUUCUGGCGAAUGAUUUGGGAACAGCGGGUUGCCAUCAUCGUUAUGAUCACGAACCUGGUGGAACGUGGCCGACGCAAGUGUGAUAUGUACUGGCCGAAGGAUGGCUCGGAGAUGUACGGCGUAAUUCAGGUUCGACUGAUUCGGGAGGAUGUGAUGGCCACCUAUACGGUGCGAACGUUCCAGAUUAAGCACACCAAACUGAAGAAGAAGAAGGCUUCCCAGACGGAAAAGCUGGUCUAUCAGUAUCACUACACUAACUGGCCGGAUCAUGGAACCCCGGACCAUCCGCUGCCGGUGAUCAAUUUUGUGAAGAAAUCAACCGCUGCCAACCCGUCGGAUGCGGGUCCCAUUGUGGUGCACUGUAGCGCCGGUGUAGGACGAACCGGAACCUACAUAGUGCUGGAUGCGAUGCUGAAGCAGAUCGAGAGGAAAGGGAUGUUGAAUGUGUUUGGAUUUCUAAGGUUCAUCAGGGCCCAACGGAACUAUCUGGUCCAGACGGAAGAGCAGUACAUUUUUAUUCACGACGCCCUUGUGGAAGCCAUUGACAGUGGAGAGACCAACAUUAAGUUGGAUGCCAUCGGAGGACUGGUCAACCAUAUCGAGUACAUUGAUAGUCAAUAUAAGCUCAUUACCAGCUACCAACCGAAGGAAAUUAACCUGACUUCGGCGUUGAAGCCGGUAAAUGCCAUCAAGAACCGCAGUUCGUUGGUUCCAUUGGAGGGAAGCCGAGUUCAUCUGACCCCAAAACCGGGGGUUGAAGGUAGCGAUUACAUCAAUGCUACCUGGUUGCACGGUUUCCGUCGGUUACGGGACUUUAUCGUAACCCAGCAUCCGUUGCUGGACACAUUCAAAGACUUCUGGCAGAUGGUUUGGGAUCACAACGCACAGACCGUGGUGUUACUCUCGUCAGCUGACAACAUGUCUUUCCUCCAGUUUUGGCCAAACGAGUCCGAACCGCUCGAAAGUGAUUACUACCGGAUUCGAAUGGUUUCCGAUGCAACCGAAAACGGUUACAUCGUGAGGAAUUUCGUCAUCCAAUCGAUCCAGGACGACUACGAGCUCAGUGUGCGGAUGUUCGAGAAUCCCAUGUGGCCUGAUAUGGCCAAUCCCCGGUCGAUUUAUGACUUUGCCGUGCGGGUGCAUGAGCGCUGUGCAGAGUAUCGAAAUGGGCCGAUUGUGAUCGUUGAUAGGUACGGUGGCUUCCAGGCGUGCCAGUUCUGUUGCAUCAGUUCACUCGCGAUGCAGCUCGAGUACGACCAGACGGCCAACGUGUACGCGUACGCAAAGCUGUACCACAACAAACGGCCCGGCAUCUGGAGUUCGUACGAAGACAUCCGACAGAUCUACCGAAUACUGUCGUACAUGCCCAAGGAUCUGGGUCUGCUCAAAUGCACCGAACUGCGAACGGAGUUCGACGACGCGGCCAUAAUGACGGCGACGCCCGAUUUGUACAGUAAGAUAUGUAGCAAUGGUAGUAUUAAUGCCCAUCUCAACAACGUCGGUACGGGGGGAAACGGCGGAACAACCGUCGACGGAGGUCAGCAGCAGACGGGAAACGGGACGGGGAAUGGGGCAGCACUGGUGAGCACGGGAAACGGAACAGGAGCUACGACCACGAUCCAGAACGGGGGUACCGUGAUUGUGAAGAUGAACGGUGACGACAACGAUGAACUGUCGGUGGUGGUUGCCACCAGCAAUCAUCUGAACUUGGAUCACAAUCAGUCGUAAGCAAGCGUAAGGUUCUAUACACAUAGAAGAAGGGAUAGCGCCCAGAUAGCGCGAUAAUAGUCAUUUCUUUAGUUUAGUACGCAGUGCUGUUUGGCGGCAGUCAUGUUUUUACGAUAGUAACUACUAAUAUUAGACAACAGCAGUAAGAAGAAAAAAAACGCAACGAGGAAACUCGAGUUAGGCAGAAUAGUAUUUAUUGAAAUCACUUGAAAUUAUGACGCAAUCGUUAGGGUUUGGGGUCCGGCAGAUGAUGCAAAUGAUCUGUUUUAUUGUUGUCGCGGUAGGACGAAUCGAAUCCUACGUUUCAACCUCUUUCUAAGGUUUUCCAAUUGGUGAAAUUCCUUCCGGACGAGUUUGUUUUUAUGUUCCUUCCAAUUUGCUGGGUCGAUUACUUUGUUUGUACUGAGUUUCGUUGACAGAAGAUAGAUAUAGUGUUUUCACCAUUCCCAGCAGGGCUGUACUCGAAAAAUUCUGAUUAAAGUGAUGUUCUCAACUGGAGAUUUUUGUAGAAUGGUUGUGUUCCCUACCAAACGCCCCACACGGGGGUGAUUCCGGGAACUUUUUAAUCAAGGUAGUAUUCAUGUCAUUCAGUUAUGUUUCUGACAUUAUCCACUCGUACUUUAGAGGGGGGGGAGUGAUGGGAGUGGUGCGGUCGGGGUAUCAAUUUGUGGAUUUUUCAUUGCAGAAUGGUCAGAGAGAUCAGAAAAGUUUGUAGCAAACACCUGUUAAAUAUUUAAUAAAAGUUCUAUUUCAAAUGGAAGAGAACAUUAAACUCUCGAAUUUCCAGAAAGAGUGCUGCUUAAAAUGGUGAACGAGCUUGCUCUUCACAAUGGCUCAGGCCCAGUCAAAGGUGCUUGUACCAUAUUCCUGUCACCAGACGCGGCUGCGAUGCUUUGGAGCAUAGUUCGCUUGAAUGGAUCCAAUUUGUGUUAUUAAAAAUGUUCUCGGUUGACUUCAUGGGGUUUCGUUUGUAAAUGUUGAGUAUUGUGCAAAUUUGGUACUGUUUCCUAACCAGGCACGCUUUACUCGGCACACACAGCUCAGACAUUUUUCGAUAUGGUCGCAUGAUCUUUUUACCAAUUUUUUACAUUUGUAUUUAUGACUUCUGGUAGGUAAAUGAUUUUCAUUUUUUGAUUUUUAAGCGAUAUUGAAGUAAUUAGAGUUUACAGGAAUGUGAAAUUUGUAGAGCCAAAGACGAAGGAAAAACAAGGAUGUGAAGAUAAAGUGCGGAAGAGUAAGACGUGACAUGUGUCAUUUAAGAAAGCAGAAGGUUUCUCGCAACUAAACUUUUACUUUCUCCAGAGGAGUCGAACUUGGGCAUCGCAUCAAAGCAAAUCAUCCGAGUCUAGGAUGUGCCAAAAAGUAAAGGUAAAGCUCGUUUACCAUUUACUACCCGAACCAGCAAAAGUAAAGCCACGAGAAGUUGACACAUUCUGCCUACGGCACAUUUUAUCAACUUGAAACCCUCUUCGUUUGUUUUGAUAAUUUUAGUUACCGCAGCAUUCGAUAAUUUCGGUUCUUUCACUGGUUGGCACAGAAAUACAGUCUCUCAGCGCAUUGCGCUUCUAAAGGGUGAUUUUUUAAGAGCUUGAGAACUUUUUUAAACAAUAAAACGCAUAAAAUUUGCAAAAUCUCAUCGGUUCUUUAUUUUAAACGUUUGAUUGGUACAUGACAUUUACUUUUUGAAGAUAAUUUCAUAUAAAUGUUGACCGCGGCUGCGUCUUAGGUGGUCCAUUCGGAAAAUCCGCUUUUUUAUCGACAAAUUUUGUUCAGCGAUGAGGCUCAUUUCUGGUUGAAUGGCUACGUAAAUAAGCAAAAUUGCCGCAUUUGGAGUGAAGAGCAACCAGAAGCCGUUCAAGAACUGCCCAUGCAUCCCGAAAAAUGCACUGUUUGGUGUGGUUUGUACGCUGGUGGAAUCAUUGGACCGUAUUUUUUCAAAGAUGCUGUUGGACGCAACGUUACAGUGAAUGGCGAUCGCUAUCGUUCGAUGCUAACAAACUUUUUGUUGCCAAAAAUGGAAGAACUGAACUUGGUUGACAUGUGGUUUCAACAAGAUGGCGCUACAUGCCACACAGCUCGCGAUUCUAUGGCCAUUUUGAGGGAAAACUUCGGAGAACAAUUCAUCUCAAGAAAUGGACCGGUAAGUUGGCCACCAAGAUCAUGCGAUUUGACGCCUUUAGACUAUUUUUUGUGGGGCUACGUCAAGUCUAAAGUCUACAGAAAUAAGCCAGUAACUAUUCCAGCUUUGGAAGACAACAUUUCCGAAGAAAUUCGGGCUAUUCCGGCCGAAAUGCUCGAAAAAGUUGCCCAAAAUUGGACUUUCCGAAUGGACCACCUAAGACGCAGCCGCGGUCAACAUUUAAAUGAAAUUAUCUUCAAAAAGUAAAUGUCAUGUACCAAUCUAACGUUUAAAAUAAAGAACCGAUGAGAUUUUGCAAAUUUUAUGCGUUUUAUUGUUUAAAACAGUUCUCAAGCUCUUAAAAAAUCACCCUUUAGAAUUAAAUUCUGGAGCUGGAUUCUUGAACUGAAUUCUGAACUUGAACUCUGGAACGGAAUUUAUGCCGUGGGUUAGCCGUCUUUUACAGUCUCAAGCACACGCCGCUCGAAUACUCCUAGUAAGUACUGAAACCGUCUCGACCAUUCUACUGAAGCUCAGUAGAUAGUCGAUUUUCGUCGAUCGUAGCACUACUUUCUGGCCGGUUUCUGUUUCCAUCAGUUCCGGUUACAACAAAACUCCGAGUUUUUUUUCUUCUGCAAAAACAGUUACCCUUCCUUUAGUUUCGAUUAUGACCCGAACGGCGAAUUUCUCAGUUACUCUAUGUCCUCGCCCGUAGUGUAUUUUUUCACAUGUCAAUUUUUACCAGUUUGUCAGCGUUAGUUUCGGAUAGUAGGGUUAGGAUCGCAAUGUCGGCCGGCCACGGUGAACAUCUAAAUUCUAGUCGAAAACAAAAUGUUAGCGCACAACUGUUUAUCAAAAUUCAAUAACAAAUCGAUUAAACGUAACUAAAUUAUGUGCAAAACAAGUACAACUUUUGGUUCGGGAAAGGAAAAUUUUAAUCUAUCUAGUAUUCCAGUGAUUUAGGGUUUAGAACUGCUUCCGUCGAAAUAGUUGUUAGUAAGUUUGAUGAAUGCCGAAACCGGAUUCUCAUUCUCAAUGAAGGCAAUUAGUAUAAAUCGAUAAAAAUAGAACCUGAUUUGUUUGAAUCAAACAAAAACAAAAGACUGCUUCUCUGAGUUGCGCUACAAAGUUUUGCCUCAUUUGACAAGCGGAAAUAUUUUGGAAUGUGACACUUGUGAGUAGACUAAAAACUGAAACUGAACGUAGCUAAAACUUACACAAAUCUGAAAAAACCCGUAGCUGAGCUUAGCGAAAUUUAAGCUGUGUUUUGCCGUAAUCAGUUCGAAAGCUUACAUAGUGUAUCGGCAGAACAAAAGAGUGAAGAAAUACCAAAGCAGAGAGCGGAUGUCUGAUACUCAGGGGAUGUGAUAUAUCGGGGUUGGAUUUUCAACCUCGAACAUAGGGCCAGAGUUUUUCUGGCCCUAAGAGGUGAAUGACCAUAAGUUCAAAGCCUCUAUGAUCGAAACAAAAGAAUGUAUUUCACACCCUAUCGGGGAGACGUCGGCUCGAAAAUGCCUUGUUUGAUGUUCCCUCGCUCUGUUUCUAUAGCGAUACAUAAUGUAAACAUGAAGCUUGUUCAGAUCGACGCGGUUGAUGCAAAUGGUGCAGAAUUGUCCGAUGACGGACCGAUCGAAGCGCUACGAUCGGCCCCAUAUCGUGCUCAAUCGGUCCGAUAAUCGGACCGAUGAUCGGACUUAUGCGGGUCUACAAAUUUCACUGGGCAUGAACGAGUUGCAUCGAAGAGAACUUAUUAGGCCCCAUUCACACUUUUUCCCACUGUUACUCAGUUUCGUUAAAUGUUUCUGUCAAAUUAAUAAUCAAGUAGACUUUUCGUCAACGAAAUUCGCAAUAUUACCGGUUGAAUAUUUUCUGCAUUCUUUUCUACAUUUUGGGUGGGUUAGGUUUUGAAUAGAUUCUAUUCAGAAUUAAUUAGAAUAUUCACACAAGUCUCGGACCUACUAAGAAAAUCGAGCAUAACAAAAAAAACUGUUCGGUGUGUGGUUGAAAGUUAAUUUAACCUUUUCCGCUCAAAUUUUUUGCAGACCGAAACAGUAGUUGAAAAAGAAAAUAACACUCAGCGCCAUAUUAACUGAAAUAAUCGUCACUUUCUGCGGCUGACGGUAAGCUCAACGAAACAAAGAAUGACAAAAAACGAACCCAAUAGAUCCGUACUGAAUGGCCAAACACAUCGUCUAUAAAUGUAAUCUAUCGACAACAUUCGUAAUAGAACACACACACCCAUAAACGUGUAAAUCGUCCGUUCCUUCUAAUUCCUAUAGAGAACAAUAAUUACAAACAACCGUUAAAAGAUGAGAAGAAAAAAAAACAAACUAACUAAACAACGCGAUAGGUGAAAUAAAAACUCGUACUAGUUAAAUUCGUCGUAACUUCGAGCGCAAGUUAUAAAACAAAUUCUUUACAAAAAAAAAUUAAAGUAAAAACAUACAAAUGAAUGGUAGUUGAAAUAUAUCCACUAUUAUUACUAUACAACUCACACACACACACAAUCUAGUAGAAGCAGCUGCGCAGAAACAGAUAACCAUACUAUUGAAGAGAUUUUAUAAAUCUUGUGAGAUAUUCUCAUGUUUUAUUAGGAUUAUUAUCAUUAAACACUAUACUUUAACUACCUACGAUGUAUUGUUUAAGCCUUUUUCACUUUGUUUUUCAACAAGCCCAUGAACGAUAUUGUAUAGCACAUGGAAACUAAACCGAAAACAAUUUAAACUCAUUGAAAGGGUUUGGGAGGGAGGAAGGAAGAGUCAUACAGACGGUUUAUUGACUGAGAAAACUGUCGUAUGGUUAAAUAAAUAAGGAAUAAACUGUGGAAUUACCAAUCAAGUAAAAAAAGAAAUACGAAAUGUAAUCAGCUCUUUGUUUUAGUAGAUAAGUUCAAGCGAAUAUGGAAUCGUUUAGCAUACCCUGAAAAGAGCGAACACCAGGAAACACAAGAUAUUCGUUAGUGGCAGUCAUAGAAGAUCGGCUCCAAUGCUAAUCCGGCCAUCGAAAGGAAAAAAAGCUUCGAAAACGCUUCACUUAUCAAUCGAAGACGGUCGUGCCGGAAUAGAGUUUGGGCCGUUUUUGGGAAGAUUUGAGGUUGAAUUCCUUUUACACAUAAACAAAAUAAGAGAAAAAAAAACAAAACACAUACGCAGUCCCAGUGAGUUGGGGUUUUAACUUAAGAAUAUUAGCCUAGGUGAGAGACAAGGGAAAACCAAGAAUGAACGUGAAAGCGACGAUUGGAGGAGCAAGGAGAAGCAUAACACACAACAGUGAACAAAAAAUUAAACAUGAAGUAAAUGUACAAUUUUAUGUGAAAUUAUCGCAAA